GAAUGGCAGACGCGACUCAAAGUAACCUGGACCUUUUUACAUGUCCUGUUUGUCUUGAUCUCCUUAGGGAUCCAGUCACUCUUCACUGUGGACACAGUUACUGCACGGGCUGCAUUAAGGACUGCUGGGAUCAGGAAGAUCAGAAGGGAGUCUUCAGCUGCCCCCAGUGCAGACAGACGUUCACUCCGAGACCCGUUUUGAACAAAAAUAAUAUCUUUGCAGAGCUUGUGGAGCAGAUCAGGAAUAGCAGAAUUCGACCUGUUGUUCCUGCUCCUGUUGUAUGUGCUGGAGCUGGAGAUGUGGAGUGUGACGUCUGCACUGGGAGAAAACUCAAAGCUGUGAAGUCCUGUCUGGACUGCCUGUUGUCUUACUGUGAAACUCACUAUAAAGUUCACAACGAUGUUAAUCCUGGACGAAAACACAAGAUGGUGGAUGCCACUGGUCAGCUACAGGAGAGGAUCUGCACCCAACAUGAGAAGCCUCUGGAGAUAUUCUGUCGGACGGACCAGAGUUGUGUUUGUUUUCUCUGUAUGGUGGAUGAACACAAAGGCCAUGACACUGUGUCAGCGUCUGCAGGGAGAAAGGAGAAACAGACACACUUGGGAGAGACCCAGAGGAAAUGUCAGCAGAGAAUCCUGGAGAGAGAGAAGGAGCUGCAGGAGCUGAGGAAGGCUGUAGAGACUCUCAAGAGUUCUGCACAGACAGCAGUGGAGGACAGUGAGAGGGUCUUCACUGAGAUGAUCCGCUCCAUUGAGAGAAGGCGCUCUGAGGUGACAGAGCUGAUCAGAGGUCAGGAGAAGGCUGAGGUGAGUCGGGCUGAUGAACAUCUGGAGCAACUGGAGGAGGAGAUUGCUGAGCUGAAGAGGAGAAAUGCUGAGCUGGAGCAGCUUUCACACACAGAGGACCACAUCCAUUUCCUCAAGACAUUCCAGUCAGUGAGCAGCACACCUGAGACUAAAGCCGUGUCCAGUACCCGUGUUAACCAAAGCCUUUCUUUUGAUGCUGUGAAGAAAUCUAUCUCCUCACUAAAGGGGCAGCUGGAGGAUUUCUGCAAAGAUGAACUUAUGAAGAUAUCUGCAGCAGUGACUGAAGUCCAGGUUAUGUUGCCUGCUGAACCUACAACCAGAGAGGAUUUCCUUCAAUACUCCUGUCACUUCACACUGGAUCCAAACACAGCACACAAACAACUCUGUCUGUCUGAGGGGAACAGGAGGGUGCAGAAUUGUGCUCAGGUCCAGCCAUAUGCUGAUCAUCCAGAGAGAUUUGAUUUCAAACCUCAGGUGCUGUGUAGAGAGGGUGUGUCUGGACGCUGCUACUGGGAGGUUGAGUGGUGUGGGCAGUAUGUUGAUAUAGCAGUCUCAUAUAAAAGCAUCAGCAGGAAAGGACGGGUAACUGAGUCUUGGUUUGGACGUAGUGACCAGGCCUGGCUGCUGCGCACCACCAGCUCCAGCCCCCGCUGCUCCUUCUGGCACAAUAGUGAAGAGAUUAAACUCCCUCUAGUGGCCAGCUCUAGAAUAGGAGUGUAUGUGGAUCACAGGGCAGGAACUCUGGCCUUCUACAGCAUCUCUGACACAAUGACCCUCCUGCACAGAGUCCAGACCACAUUCACCCAUACACUCUACCCUGGGUUUUAUGUGUAUAGUGCGUCAUCAUCAGUGAAGCUGUUGUGAGUAUCGUCAGUUGGGUAUUGGUCUGGUAUGAGCUGCAUGGACUCCUCACAGAUACAUUGAGGAAAAGGAGGGGUACUGUAUGUACAGUAGUGCAGUGUAACAUAAAUGUCCAGUUCAGUAAAAUGGUCAGUAGAGUAUUGUAACGUAAACAUUAAAGUUUGCAUGUUUGCUUUAAGGUUGUGGUUCACUUCUACUCAACUCUUACACAAGUGUGUGUUACCCUUUGCACCCUGACAGUUGUAUAAACUAAUCAGCUUCAGUUAAGGCAAACAGUUUUGAACUUGUUUCUUAUUUUACUACUUUGAUACAGACAAAUAAAUACUAAAACACUCUGAAUGUAAUCAGCUGUGAUUGUAAAGUCAGCGUCUGAUUGUCCUGUUUGUCGCUGCAGAAAUAAAGGUUUGUUUGCCAUA